AUGAUAGCGAGAGCAACUGGUUUCUUGCAGGACUAUACAUAUGCCUGUCUGUGCAUGAAAUCAUUCAAUCAUGCUUCGAUACAAUGUAGAAUGUGCAAAGUCUAUAGUCUUUGGUGUUUUUCACCCCGAAAUCCCAAGCUAGCGAGGAGAGAGAGAUAUGUAUUGGGAUUCAUACUUGACAGGCGUCGAAGUUCUUCGCGAUACAGUUCAACUUUCAACUACCAUCCCUACGUUGUGCUGAAAAAUUCGUAUAAGACUUUCAAUCAGUCAUCACGAGGCCUAGUUCACAGCAGUACUCAUUCAACUUCUGACCACGAAGGGCAGGAGUUACAUGGCAUCGCACGAUUAGUUUACAGGUACUCGGAUAUUCUGUCGCCGCAGUUAUGACCCCCUGGACUUCCCCUGUUCAUCAGGGGGAGUCCAGGGACUCGUCCCCUGGGACAGCGCGGCCUCC